AUGGAGAGGCAGCCUACUGAAGAAAUCGUGACACGUCGGCUCGCAACGGCGACGGGUACUCAGUCGGUCAAGCUGACCGUAACGGCAGAUUUUGAGACUGUAGCGGGGUUGUCGACAUCUGACGUCGCGAACGCGUUCGAGAGGGCAUUCCUGGAAGCUGCAAGUGAUCCUGAUACGUCGAUAGACGUCGAUGAGGUUACUGUCACGUCUAGAGGAGCUGAUGAUGCAGAAAUAUAUGCAGAAGCCGCUUCGCUGUAUGAAAGACUAUAUGCCAGUGGAGCUAGAUGCCCACCAGGAACCGCACCAGCCACUGAGACGCCAACCUCCCUCUCGGACUGCAAAUGCUCAGCCGGCUACAAACUGCGAUGCCCUACUUGCGUGAGUCAGGAUCCUGCCCUGGGACCAGACUGCAUUGCUUGUGGCCUCGGCCAAUACAAAGCAAUGUUGGGCAACCAUUCCGAGUGUACUCCGUGCCCUGUGCCCUUCGAGACUACCAGAGAGCUUGGCAGUACACACGUACGGCUUUGUGUAUGCCGUGAGGGGUGA